CCUCUUCUUACUUGAAACAAGCGCCCCCUCCUUUUGAACCAAACCAUCCCUCCAGAAAUCCACCCACCAAAAUGUCUCAAACCAACACAAACACACACACCUCCCUAACAACAACAAUAACCACCUACUUCACCUCCAUCGACGCAUCCGACCUCCCCACGACCAUGUCCCUCCUCGCCCCCAACGCAACCUUCACGAUCCCCACGGCAGCCAACACAACCUUCACAGGCCGAAACGCUAUCUACACCAUGCUAUCGGACUUCGUCUCCCGGUCGGCCAAAAUGGAGCACCAGAUCCAGACCAUGGUUGUCGACGAGCGGGCAGGAAAAGUAGCGACGCAGCAACGGUACCUCGGCAAACUGGUGGACGGGACAGAGAAAGAUAUGCCCACUUGCAAUUUCUUUGAUGUGGAUGACCAAGGGAGGAUUGAGAGGGUGGUGUUUUGGUUCAGUGGCCAGAAUCCGUUGUAA